AUGAUAGCCGCGGCCUUUCUCUGCUUUUCCUUAGCUAUAGUCUGCCCUGAUGGCGAGGUGGAUGUAAACGGAACCUGUUAUCCGGAGACUUGCGUCUUUGAGGACGCCGUCUGCAACGGUCAUGGCUCGUGUAGAGAGGGCACGUGCAACUGCGAGGAUGACUAUUUGCUGACGGAGCUUGGGUGCUACCCUAGUGGUUGCUCAGAUAGACGCACACAAUAUGUCUGUGGGCGUCACGGAUCCUGCACCCUGAAGGGAGAGCUCUACUCCUGUGACUGCAUGGACGGCUACAUUAAUCUUGGAAGCGAUUGCAUACACCCCUUCUGCAUGGUUGACUACAGCGUCUGCAGCUACUACGGCGACUGCGUCUAUGAUGAGAACGACCAGCCUCACUGCCGAUGCGACAAGGUGGCAACCGGAGAGCACUGCGAGAAAUGCUCCGACAUUGCAACCGAGUAUGAAGGCCGCUGCGUCCCCAACGAGUGUCUGUCGGAGCGCUCCGACGGCAAACUUGUCGAGUGCGGUGGCUUCGGGCUCUGCUAUGGGCUUCCGCCACUCGGUGAUGAGAGCGCGUGCCUUUGUGACUUUGGGACAGUCAACGUCGACCUUCUCUGUAUACCCGCUACGUGCAUGUCUGCCGAGAAUCCGAACGUCUUUUGUUCUAGCCACGGAUACUGUGACGAAACGCGCAAGUGCAUCUGUGAUGACGGCUAUGACGGAGACGUUUGUCAGUACAAGGUCUUCGAGUGCGAGGAUGGCUACGUCUAUUCUGAGGGCCAGUGUGUCAAGGACACGUGCGUUGCACAGGAUGGACACGUUUGCGCCAAGCACGGCUCGUGCAAGACUGAGUCCUGCGUCUGCGAUCCUGGUUAUGUGCUUAUUGGCACCGCUGAGUGCACGCCCGCGGUUUGUCUUGUUGGCGGAGAAGUUUGCCCUCAUGGAGAGUGCACGGUCUUCAUGAACCAAUCGUACUGCAAGUGUGAUGCAGAGUACACCGCCUUCGAGAAUAAGUGCAUUCCCAACUCCUGCAUCAGCGCGACGUUUGACUACGGCUACCCUGAGCUCUGCUCCAACAAGGGCACUUGCGACAUGGACAAGAGGCGCUGCGUCUGCAAUCCACUCUACGGCGGAACGUAUUGCCAGAAGUGCAGCGAGGACGCCUUGGCCAUGGAGGACGGCAGCUGCGUCUCUCUCAACUGCAUCUCCACGGGGCCUGAUGGAAAGUCUGUUGUCUGCAGCGACCAUGGGACGUGCACGGCCUACAGGGAGUCCAGCGACCCUGCAGACGUGACUUACAUCUGCCAGUGCAAGUUCGGGUAUACCCAGUUGGACUCUUCCACCUGCGUGAGCGAUACUUGCAUAAGCGACGACGUCGCCUUCAAGGAGUGCAAUGGGAACGGAGUGUGCCAGGACGGCGAGUGCAAGUGCAACAAGGGUUUCCACGGCGAUUUUUGUGGAGAUUACGACUGCCCGAGCGGAGAGACCUACGUUCUAAGCUGGGGCUGCAUGCCUGAUGAGUGCGUCACCGAAUACGAGGACGGGAAGCGGCGCGUUUGCAGCGGCUACGGAAGAUGCGUCAAGAAGGGCAACGCACACGUCUGUGAGUGCCGCAGGGACGGAACCCUGAUCGGGAACGACUGCGUCUCUCCGGAGUGCCUGACAGAUGAUGGGAAGGUCUGCUACGGAACUGGCGCCUGUCGCGAUGGUAGAUGUGUGUGA